AUGGAAAAUAAUGGUGGCUGAUUCGCUGUUUAGGGGAGGGGCUUGGUGCAGUGACUGAACGCUGAUCACUGCGACAGUCGCCUGCGUGCAUCUUUCUGCCCCUAGAGGGCGCUGCAAAACUUGCUGGGAAAAUUGCGGGGAACUGAGUAGGCAGUAAACGUCCGGAGGGCUUCCAAGUCAGUAAGCCAGUUCCUUGACAUUAAGCACCAUUCUGUUAGAUGGGAGCUUGUAAUAGCCAAUGAUGAUGAAGAUAGUUGAGAUACUGAAGUCACUGCUGGAGGCUAUCCUUAUCCCAUUCUUCCUUUGUUCCCUAAAAGCGAGAGCUGCUCGCGGUUUACAGUACAGUUCAGCCCAUGGUCCAGGCUCCAGCUGCACCCUUAGCCAAGGGUUGCUGCUCCUCACCUGCGCGGCGCUGGGAAUGGAAUCCCAGGCCUCGUGCUUCCUGGAUCAGCUGGACUUUAUUAUCAGAAUUCCAAAGCAUCCAGACCUCACCAUAGGCCAGAAGCGUUAUCUGUGCAGCAUUGCUAAGAUCUAUAAUGUAAACUACCUGAGGACCUUGAUGAAGAGGCAGUACAUGUAUGUGAUUCAGCGCAGCUUACAAAAGCCAGGUGUCCUCACUCAUCAUAAGAGCCGCCUCUGCUCUCCUUACUCACAGAAACAGCAUUACUCCUGCACUAUAUGGCGACACCAACUGGAGAGGGAGGAGUCUUCUAACAUUGCAGCCAUAUCUGCACCUGAAAUGAUCAUACAUCAUUCCCUUUGGCGACCAGUGAGAAACAAAGAAGGGUUAAAAACUGGGUAUGCAUCUAAAAUAAAAUGUAAGUCACUGAAGAUUUUUAGAAGACCUGGCAGACUAUUCAUGCAACCAGUUUCUUCAAAUGAUUCUGAAUCAUACAUGAAUGAAGAAAAAAAGGAAGAAGAUUUACUAAAUAAGUGUAUGCAAUCAAUGUCAAUUGAAGAAAGGGGAGAACAUCUGAUGUUAACUUGACAGUCAUGUAUUGUGGACUGAAUUCAGACACGACAUAACAUCAAGAUAUUGUGUCCCAAAGGGGAAGGCAAGGGACUGUGAAUUGUGUCCUUUAUGUUUAGGAUGGUGUUAUUCACCAUUAAGUCAUGAAUUUUAGUUUGUUCAAAAACUUUACAACAAUAUGAUUGGUCUGAUAUAGUUCUAUGUACCAUUGAUAUUAGUGUAAUAAAAUUUACAUGUAAUAUAUGCUUGUAUUUCUAGCUAGGUACAAUUAAAAUUUUUCUUGUCACUUAAAAA